AUGGACACGUGGGACCAGAGGCGCGGCCUGCAAAGUAUGAAUCUUCGCUCAGUGUUCACUAUUGAGCAGCAGAGGAUUCUGGAGCGUUACUAUGACAAUGGGAUGACCAACCAGAGCAAGUCCUGCUUUCAGCUCAUCCUGCAGUGCGCUCAAGAGGCCAAACUGGAUUUCAGCGUGGUCCGGACAUGGGUUGGCAAUAAGAGACGAAAGCUGGCCUCCAAAGUGGACCAGAACGGUGGCCUGUCCGUCUCUUUGUCCGGCCACAGCCUCUCUGCGGGACUCCUCUCCAACCACAGCUUUCCUGCUGGUACUUUGCCAAACCCGUCUCUGGUUCCCGGACCCCUCCUACACUCUGAAGUCCUCACAGCACGCAGCAUCCCAAACAGAGGAUCGGGUCAAAGAGUACAAGAAAAGAAACGGCCCGCGCCUGUCUACUUGGAUACCAGUUAUAAUUUCUCAAUCGCGAUGGAAACUGGGGAUGAAGAAGAUGAGUGGCUGAGGGAGGAGGAGAUGGCCAACAUGGCGGCUCAAGCUCCGGACCGACAGAGGAGGGAGCAGAGGAGCCAGAGUGUGACAGAGGUCAGCGGUACAAGUAGAAGUAGCAACAUUCCAGCGGCGGCAAACUCCAAAUCCACGGCAGCUCAAGGCGACAGCGAUCUCCACAGUUAUGAAGCAGUGGCUGCGCAGACCUCGCUUAGGACAGACACCAGCUCGCAGACUUCAGUUAGUGCGUCUGCUGAUCCCUGGAUUUUAAACAACUCCAGAAAGAGAACACUCCAAGAUCGGACCCAGUUUAGUGAUGGGGAUCUGCUCCAACUAAAGCGCUACUGGGACCGAGGCAUGACCAGUCUGGGCUCUGUGUGCAAAGACAAAAUCAACGCAGCAGCCAACGAGCUCAACGUAGACACUGAAAUAGUCAAAACCUGGAUCAGUAACAGACGCAGGAAGUAUCGUCUGAUGGGCAUCGAGAUCCCUCCUCCAAAGGGGGGGCCUGCAGUAUUUACAACCUCAUCCCCGGGAAAUGAAUCUCCGGUGGCCCUUAGCCCCGACGUGGACAGGCUGCAGACUCCAGAUUUAACAGAUGACACCAACGAUGGGCUGUCUGAAGACGGAACAAUCAGCUCCCAGAACAGAGAUGGUGAAGAUGACACGGACAUGUCCACUGCUCCGUUGGUAAAUCAUGUUAAAAUAGAAGUCUGUGAGGAUGAUGAGGAAGUGAAUGAUGAUGGUGUCAACAUGAUGGCUUCAGACCUGGAACAGAUGCAAAGCCUGCUUGAAUUUAAGCAUGAAGAAGUGGAGUUUCUUGAGAAUGAGCUAGAGAACCAAAAACAAAGAUACCAAGAGCUUGCGAGCUACACUAAAAGCCUGCUAAUUGCUGUGAGGAAUAAGGACCUGGACAAACAGCAGGAACUUAUAGACAGCCUACCUCUGUCUUCCGAUCGGGACUGGGACGUCGAGGAGGACGUUGAGAACUUGGCCUCUCCUUCAGCUCAUGAAAACUCGGAGCACGAACAGUCCCCAAGCUGUGGAGGAAACUCACCACUGACCAAUGAAGACAUUAACGCGCACACAUUUACUGAACCUUCUGCAUCAGAAGGAAACAAACUGAUGGAAUGA